CUCACUCCUGAAACUGAGGUUAGAGUUGAAGGCUGAAGGAAAAUGGCCCAUUACCAUGACGACUAUGAAAAGAGUUUCGAAGUCUGCUGACAGACUGAGAGGAGUCUAGAGCGUGGCAGACUGGAGGAAAGUCGAUGCUUGCAGUGUGAGUAAAGGAAGAGGCUUUGAAUUGUUGCUAAAAAGAGACAAGUCAAGAAAACACAGGCCAAGAAAAGCUCAUGAAGGACAUGGUUAAGGAGAGCACCCUCAGUGGCAGAGUGGAUUUGUGGAUCAGGCUGGUUCCAAUUACCUCCAUGCUGCGUUGGAAUGCCAGUUUCUACCGGAAGCUUCCCCCACUCUGGCUUUGGCGUCCCCACAACAGAAUGACGAAGUGGAAUUUGUCCGAACUGGCUAUGGGAAGGAUAUGGUCAAAGUUCUCCAUAUUCACAGGGAUGGAAAAUACCACAGCAUCAAAGAGGUGGCCACUUCGGUGCAGUUGACUCUGAGAUCCAAAAAGGAUUACCUACGUGGUGAUAACUCUGACAUCAUCCCUACAGACACCAUCAAGAACACAGUGCAUGUCCUGGCGAAGCUCAAAGGGAUAAAGAGCAUAGAGGCCUUUGCUAUGAACAUCUGUGAACACUUCCUUUCUUCUUUUAACCAUGUCACCCGAGCCCACGUCUACGUAGAAGAGGUCCCCUGGAAGCGUUUGGAAAAGAAUGGAGUCAAGCAUGUCCACGCAUUCAUCCACACCCCCACGGGAACACACUUUUGCGAGGUGGAGCAGAUGAGGAAUGGACCUCCAGUCAUCCACUCUGGGAUCAAAGACCUCAAGGUCUUGAAAACAACCCAGUCAGGAUUUGAAGGAUUCAUCAAGGACCAGUUUACCACGCUCCCCGAGGUGAAGGACCGAUGUUUUGCCACUCAAGUCUACUGCAAGUGGCGCUACCAGAGAAGGGACGUGGACUUUGAGGCUACGUGGGGCACUGUCCGGGACAUCGUCUUGCAGAAAUUUGCUGGGCCCUAUGACAAAGGCGAAUACUCACCUUCCGUGCAGAAGACACUCUAUGACAUACAAGUGCUGUCCCUGAACCAGGUUCCUGAGAUAGAGGAGAUGGAAAUCAGCCUUCCCAACAUCCACUACGUUAACAUCGACAUGUCCAAAAUGGGACUGAUCAACAAGGAAGAGGUUUUGCUGCCACUCGACAAUCCCUACGGCAAAAUUACUGGGACAGUCAAGAGGAAGCUGUCAUCCAGGCUGUGACAUUAUGGAUCCAGUCGGUUGUGAUGCUAGAGAUCACUGUGUGCUGACCUACAAGAAAAUUCAACUAAGGACUGAUUGCUUUCUUCUGUGUGAAACAAUUCUUUCUUUGUUCCUAGUUAAGCAAGGCAUUUUGUGGAUCUCUGUAUUCCAGGUACAGCAUGCUCCAUGGCUGUGGCAAGUUUCCUGAAAACUCUCUGGGCAGUGUUGGAAGAAUCACAGUGUUAAUUAUCCUUUCUGCUCUUUGUUCUGUCUGCCUUGGAGUCGGUCUUUAGGAUCAGAUCACUAAUAAAGUAAUCGUGAAACAGUGGUGGCGCCACCUGGAUUGACUCGAGGAGCGAACGCUGUUGUCUGGGUAGUGCAGAGAACAUAACAAGUCACGUGAGAGGACACCGUGGUGACUUCAACAGACUGAACGUUUGUGGUCUUAGGAACUCUGGCAGGCAGACAGGAUGAAGCUCCUACCCUAGCUGAGGAGGUUCUGGCUUUCAGUUGCUGCUGGAAGAGGGACAUUAAACUUUGUUUAAGGGUGUGGCACCUACUAUGUCAAUAGGACAGUUUCCGUGCCUAGAAGUAGUCAGAUAAACCCAAACUGGCCCCAAUGAGAGAAAGGGAGAGAGAAAGAGAAAGAGAGAGAGAGAGAGAGAGAGAGAAAGAGAGAGAGAGAGAGAGAAAGAGAGAGAGAGAACAUAAAGUUGGGCAAGUGAGGAAGACCUGGGAUUCCGAGAUGAAUUUGGAUGGGAGAUGAAUAUGAUCAAAAUAUAUUGUAUAAAAUUUUCAAAUAAUUAAUAAAAACAUUAUUGAAAAUAAAAAA